CCCACCCCUUGCUUUGACUUGUUCCCAUCUGCGCAUGCGCAACCCCCCCCUUUUGGCCUGAGCGCUCAGCCUGCGUUGUGCGGGUUGUCCUGGCUGUGUGGAUAGCUGUGCUUUCUCAUUUCUCUCCUGUGCCCCGACUUUAUUUCCAGCUACUCUUCUCCCUUUAUGUGUUCUCUCACUCUGUGAUUCCCCUUUCUGCGUCCCGCCGUCUCAGGCCGCGCCCCUUUCCCUGUGUCUCUUCUUGCGCCUGUCAGUUCUGAUUUUUGUAAACGCGACAUCCCCUCCCUCUCUUUUGCUCUCUGCUUGUCAGUCCUGCUGAUUGUGGAACCCACUUUCUCUCCGUGCUUUAUUCACUGACAGUCUGGCCCCCUUCCCCACUUUUUUUGCUUCCCAGGUACCUCUGUAGUCUUUCUGACCCUUUCCACCCUCAGUGUGCAGCUCCUUCCGAUCUUUCCCCUCGUGGGGGUCUCUGUAACUGUCGCCGUCUCUCUGUUUCUCUGUAGACCCGUCCCACGCCUUCCCUCCCUGUCUUCUCCGUGUGUCCUCCAUUGUCUGUGCACCCUGCCCUGCCUCCUUUUCUCUCCCACUCUCUGGGAUGGACUCUUUUGCCCCCUGAGAAUCUCGUCUCUGUGCCCACUCGUUUUCCUGCCCCUCCGCUUGCGCUCUUCCUGCUGGUGCUCUGUCUCCCUGCAAGGUUCCAUUCUACCGAUUUGCUCCCCCUCUGUAGGUUUCUCUGACCACUCCGUCCCUAUCUCCUUGACGAUUUCCUUUCUAUCUUUUCUGGUUGUAUCUGGAACCCAGAUUGUUGGGUUCUGUCGUUUUGCAUCCUGGGCUGGGGUGUGCCAUCUUCUUUGAUUGACCUAACGGUGUAAUCCUUUGUCAGCCUUCAUUUCUCCUGCCACUGUCCUUUUCUGCAGGCCCCUUUGCCACAGAUUUCCGAGUUACAGAGCUGUGUGCCUGUGGCUUUCCAGACAGAAAGCGAGCACAAAAGUGACCUUUAGCUGGACUGCUGUGCAGGGGAGCUGAAGCUGGAAAGAAACAGUGACCCAGAGGCAGGUGGAAAAAGAAUUCAGCGACUGACAAGAGCGGAGCUUGAGACUUAGACUGAAAUUGGCUCCGGACUGACCCUGGGGAUCCAGAACCUCCACACAGGACUAUGGGACUCCAGCAUUUGAAACCUGUGCAGCUUCUCUGUCUCCUAGGGGCCUUCUCCACUCUGCCUCGUAUGUCCUGUGGGGCUGGAUGCUAUAAGACCCCAAAAGGGACUGGAGCUCUUUUGUGCUAUGAAGCAACGGCCUCACUCUUCAGAGCUGUUGCCUUCCACAACUGGAAGUGGCUUCUGAUGAGGAGCAUGGUGUGUAAGCUGAAAGAGGGCUGCGAGGAGACGCUGGUGUUCAUUGAGACAGGGACUGCAAGGGGAGUUGUGGGUUUUAAAGGCUGCAGCUCAGCCGCAUCUUACCCUGCACAAAUCUCCUACCUUGUUUCUCCACCUGGAGUGUCCAUUGCCUCCUACAGCCGCAUCUGCCGGAGAUAUCUCUGCAACAACCUCACCAACCUGGAGCCUUUUGUGAAACUCAGGGGCAACGCUCCCAAAUCUAUAGGAGUUUCUUCCCAUAGCUGUCCGACCUGUGUGGGUGGGCACAUUAAGGAAUGCCUCCCGAAUUUUGUUACCUCAGAACCUUGCCCCCAGGCUGCUACUACGUGUUACAGUUCCACCUUUAGAUUUCAGGCAGGGAAUCUCAAUAGCACCUUCCUCCUCAUGGGCUGUGCUCGUGGAUAUCAGAAGCUUUUAGAAGAUUUUCAGUAUAUUGGGAGCAUCCGAGUAACCGAGGUCCUCAACAUCUUAGAGAAGUCCCAGAUUGUUGGUGCAGGGCUCUCUAGUCGGGGUCCUGCUUGGGGCAUCCUCUUAGGCUUCCUGCUUGCCUUCAGGAAUGGACCGUCUAGCUAGAUUAAGCACCCAGACCCCUUCACAUCACUAAAUAAAGUCACAGUUUUACUUUUC